CGGGGCAGUGCACGCUUGUUUUGCUGUAUUGCCUUUAUCUCCAGUAGGAUACGAACAGGCAGCAGUACGUGAUCCUAAUACUCUUCUCUCUUCCUUCACCUGUACAGCACACGUUAGAAGUACUUCAUCUCUUAACGUCUGAAAGGAGAAAUGCAGCCCUGAGGAAAAUGUUUUUUGCCUCAGUAAAUUAACAUAUGCCUGGUUUAGCAGUUUCAGUAGAAAGGAGGCCCAUAUGGAUAGUGAGGUCUACCCCCACUAGAAUUUUGUUACUUCCAACAAAAAGUUUCUGAAUCUUACUCUGCAUACUGUGCUAAGCACAAUGGCACACACGUUAACACGAAGCCCAGCACUGGCACUGACUGGCACAGAAGUCUGCACUGGAAGCACGCUCUAGAGAAGAUGGACACUGCAUCUGCAUUUCAGCCCUCAGGGAGGAAAAUAACCACCAGCCUAAAAGCAUUACAGCUGUCACUGACAAGAAACGCUCCUGUGUCCGUACUAAUAUCUAUUGGCUAUAAAAAACCAUUGGAGAGGGAUGACCUGUUUGAGCUGAAUGAAAGUGAUUCACCAUACAGCGUGUGUCCUAACUUCGAAAAGCAAUGGAGGAAAGAAAUCCAAAAGUCUACUGCAGGAUUGAAGGCUUCUUACAUCAAAAGAAUGCUAUGCAAAAGCAAGACAAAGAGUUUCCAUAAACAAUCUUUGAUUUUGCCACUAUGGCAAACAUUUAAAUUUUUAUUGAUUAAAGUUGCUUUUCUAAAAGUUGCAGCUGACAUUCUGCCUUUCAUGAGUUCACAAAUAAUGAAAUCAAUGAUAACUCUAGGUGAAAAUCAUCCUAGUUCAUAUGGAAGUGGAUAUGGCUACGCUAUUGCCCUUUUUUUUGUAGCUUUCUCACAAACUCUCCUACAUCAGCUAUACCAGCGUAACAAUAUGCUUACUGCAGUCAAAAUCAAGACUGCUGUUGUUGGCCUGCUAUACAAAAAGGCCUUAACUUUAGCAAAUUCUUCACGACAAAACUAUACAACUGGGGAAAUUGUGAACCUGAUGUCGGCAGAUGCUCAGCAACUCAUGGAGCUAACUGUAAACAUCAACCUGUUAUGGUCAGCACCUUUUCAGAUCAUCAUGGCUGUUGUCUUUCUCUGGAAAGAACUUGGCUCCUCUGCUCUAGCAGGUGUAGCAGUGCUUCUUUUGGUUAUACCUAUAAACGCACUUAUUGCUGCCAAAGUAAAAAGUCUGAAGAAAAAUCAAAUGAGAUACUCAGAUCAACGAGUCAAGCUACUAAGUGAAAUGUUACAUGGAAUAAAGAUCCUCAAACUUUAUGCAUGGGAACCUUCAUAUCAAAGGAAGGUCAUGAACAUUAGAGAACGUGAAGUGGAUGUUUUGAAGUCAUCUGGCUAUCUGGCAACUUACUCCAUGCUUACAUUGACAUGUAUUCCUUUCAUGGUCUCAUUGGCUACAUUUGGAGUCUUCUUUUAUCUGGACAAAGAGAACGUGUUAACAGCAACUAAAGUUUUUACAUCUAUUACUUUAUUUAACAUACUGCGACUGCCUUUGUUUGAUUUGCCAUCUGUGAUCUCUGCUGUGGCCCAGACCAAGGUUUCUCUGAGACGUUUAGAGGAUUUUCUGUGUGCUGAGGAUCUUAACCCUGAGGAUGUUAAUACAAGCUACAGUGGAAAUCAUGCUGUUGGGUUUAUUGGUGCUUCUUUCCGCUGGGAGAAAAAUGGCCUGCCAAUCUUAAAAAACUUGAGUGUCAGCAUUCCUGAAGGCUCUUUAGUUGCUGUUGUGGGACAGGUUGGAUCUGGAAAAUCAUCUUUUCUCUCUGCUAUUCUUGGAGAAAUGGAGAAACUUGAAGGAACAGUUCAGAGAAGAGGUUCAGUGGCAUACGUUGCUCAGCAAGCUUGGAUUCAAAAUGACAGUUUACAGGAAAAUAUUCUCUUCGGCGCAAAUCUAAAUAGGUCAUACUACGAGCUUGUUUUAGAGUCUUGUGCUUUACUGCCAGAUUUGGAACAGUUACCGAAGGGAGAUCAAACAGAGAUUGGAGAAAGGGGCGUCAAUAUAAGUGGAGGGCAGAAACAGAGAGUGAGUCUUGCUAGAGCUGUGUACAGCAAUGCUGACUUGUAUCUUCUGGACGACCCCCUAUCUGCUGUAGAUGUACAUGUUGGGAAACAUCUUUUUGAGAAGCUAAUUGGGCCUUCAGGCCUCUUAAAAAACAAGACUCGUGUAUUGGUGACACACAACCUAAGGCUCCUGCCUCAUGCUGAUCUUAUAAUAGUGAUGGAAGAGGGCAAAAUAAGCGAAAUGGGGACCUACUGGGAACUCAUAUCAAAGAAGGCUAAUUUUGUUGAGCUUAUUCAAGUCUUUGGUGCAGAGAAUAGAAGUGAAGCGACAACCCCAAAGGAAGUGAUUUCUUCAAAAGAAGAGUGCCAACUAGAGAGAAGUCUGAAACAAAGAGAAUUGAGGAAACUCAAACAUUCUUCUUUUGAUCAGUGGAAAAUUCUCACAAACAAUAAAGAAAAAGUUGCUACUGGUGGUAUGAAGCUGUCAGUUGUUUUAAAAUAUCUCCAAGCCUUCAGCUGGCGAUGGAUGUGGCUGACCAUAGCUGCUUAUGUAGGACAAAAUGCACUAGCCAUUGGACAAAAUCUGUGGCUUAGCACCUGGACUGCAGAGACAGCAAAAGCUAGUGAUUUCACAGAAUGGAAACAGUCACAAAACUACAAACUCGGUAUUUAUGGGCUUUUGGGAUUCUUACAAGGUCUUCUUGUUUGCUGUGGUGCUUAUGUGCUCACCAGGGGCUCCCUUUGUGCUUCUCGGGAGUUACAUCACCAGCUGUUAGACAGCGUAUUGCACCUUCCUCUUCAGCAUUUUGAAACUAAUCCUGUAGGUCAGAUCAUCAAUAGAUUCACAAAGGACUUAUUUAUAGUAGACGUACGUUUCCAUUACUACUUACGAACUUGGCUGAACUGUACACUGGAUGUUAUUGGAACCAUUCUAGUUAUCACAUUCGCCUCACCACUAUUCAUAGUGGCAGUUAUUCCCCUGGGAUACUUGUAUUUUACUAUCCAACGAUAUUACAUAGCAAGUUCACGACAAAUUCGACGUCUAGCAGGAGCGUCACAUUCUCCAGUCAUCUCCCACUUCAGUGCGACUGUCCUAGGAAGAUCGACAAUUAGAGCAUUUGGUCACCAGGAGAGUUUCAUUAGAAAAAACUAUGAUGUUGUGUAUGAGAAUUUAGUUUACUUCUACAACAAUGUCAUCUCAAACAGGUGGCUGUCUGUCAGGCUUGAAUUUCUAGGCAAUUUAAUGGUGUUCUUUGCUGCACUGUUUGUAGUACUGGCUGGAAAUACAGUGAGUUCUUCUACAGUGGGUUUAUCAAUAUCAUAUGCUCUAAAUAUAAUUCAGAGUCUCAAUUUUUGGGUGCGUAAAGCAUGUGAAAUCGAGACCAAUGCGGUUUCAAUUGAAAGAGUUUGUGAAUAUGCAAACAUGGACAAAGAGGAACCAUGGAUAACAUCAAAAAGGCCACCAGUAGGGUGGCCUGAUAGAGGAAUAAUACAGUUUGUUAACUACAAAGCUCAGUACAGGAAGGAUCUUGAUUUAGCCCUGGAUGACAUCUCUUUUCAGACACGGAGUAAUGAGAAGAUUGGAAUUGUUGGAAGAACAGGAGCUGGUAAAUCAACUCUCACAAAUUCCUUAUUUAGAAUUCUAGAGGGAUCUGGAGGCAAAAUAAUUAUAGAUGGAAUUGAUAUCUCAACUAUUGGACUCCAUGACCUACGCAGAAAUCUUAACAUUAUUCCACAGGACCCCGUCUUGUUUUCUGGGACACUGCAGUCAAACUUGGAUCCACUUGGAAAACACUCUGAUAUUGAACUGUGGGAGGCACUGGAACUGUGUCACUUAAAGGGUUUUGUUGAGUCACUCCCAAAGAAGCUCCUUCAUGAGAUUUCAGAAGGUGGUGAAAACCUCAGUAUUGGCCAGAGACAGCUGGUCUGUCUGGCUCGUGUUUUGCUACGAAAGGCAAAGAUCCUGGUCCUCGAUGAAGCAACAGCUUCUGUUGACAUGGAAACAGAUAACUUGGUGCAGUCCACUAUCAAAAGGGAAUUUUAUAACUGCACAAUAUUAACUAUAGCACACAGGUUACACACAGUCAUGGAUUCAGAGAGAGUGCUUGUUCUGGAUGCAGGAAGGAUUCUAGAAUAUGAUACACCAAAUAAUUUGUUACAAUGGAAAGGUGCCUUUUCUGAAAUGGUUGCAGAGGCUGGAGUAACAAGAUAAAGAAAACUAAUCAAGAUAGGAAUUCCUUAUACUGGUAAACACUCAAAAGAUAUGUGGCAUUCCUAAUGUUAUGAAAUAAUUAACUUCCUUGUAAGCUCUUAACAACAUUGCUUUUUACUACAACUACAAUCUGUAUAUAUUGAUCAGGUUUCUGAAAUUAAUUUUGUUUUUAUACAAAUCACAUUUUUCAUCAUCUUGGCACUGGACCAAUAUAAUGCAGCAGUAAUUUUCAUGGUGUAUUUUAAAUACUGUACUAGUAAAGGUGGAUUUAAAAUAAAUCUUGCUGUUCACAGUGUUUUAAUAAAGAAUUAGUGCUUAAUUAAAUUGCUUGAAUGUUAUCCCCAUUUAGUUAAUACAUCUUUAUGUGAUUGUGAAUAUAUAAAAACCCAGGUUUGCUUAUUGUAUGAACAGAGAGGCAAAUCUCCCUUGUUGCUGGUUUUUAGGACAUAUAUAUUUAUUUGCUUCAGUAAUAGCAAAUAAUUUUGCUAUAAUUUUGGUAAUAAUUUCAUUUGCUUAUACUUUGGUAAUUCUUGAGGCAACAAACUUGCCAUUUUAAGUUGAUUUUUAUGUUGACUGUGAUUUUGAAUAAAAUGAAAAACAAUUUCAAACAACUGAAAAACAUGUAAACAUAAUUGAGCAUUACAAAACCAGGUUGUGAAAGAAUCCCAUGAAAAUGGGGUCAGGCGCAGCUAUUUGCUAGUGGAUCUUAAUGCAAACCUCAAUACUACUUAAAGCUGCACAAAAGGUUAUGCAUACUUGAAGUGUCGGUUAACCAUGCCUGUGCUUCCAUAGGCCAUGUGAGUAGUGCCUUUUUUACUACACAUCCUAAGACUCUUCAAAUUGAAUAGCAACAGUGGGGAGGAAUGGGUUAAAAGCAGAAGAGGAUGGGAUGAGACCUGCAAACUGGUGAGGAGGAUUGAAAACAUGCUCAAGUGAACUUUGCAGCUGUGAUGACAAAGCCUGGAGAGUAGGAAAGCAUGUGUCGUACCUACUGCUGUUAAUCCUGUGUGUUCGACAAGCAGCGCAUCCACGUACAGGUAACACGGGUGUUUGGGAGACUCAGAGGCACCCUGUCGGACAUGCUUGAGCUCCCUGCCUUGGGACAGAGAUCAAAGCACAGUGGUAAACUAUGCCUGUGUGAACCCUUGAUACAUAAAUAGACGUCAAUAGUAGGCCUGUGAUCCUCUAGCAUGGACUGAGUUUAGCGGUGCCUUCAUCCCUGGGUGUGCACCUCUGCCCAGGUGCUGCUUUGGGGAUCCCCUGUGGCUGCCCAGGUACCAUAAACAUACUCUUUGCAUUUCAGCCCUGGGUCUGUGGGCAUCCCUGGUGUCGGCUGGUGCUGACUCACACCACCAACUGCAAACUUGGGUUUGCUUACUUCAAAAGGGGAGGAGAAAGGAGGGAGACUUUCUGAAGAGAUUUCGUCAAAGAUGUGGUUCUACUACAGUGAAGGUA